AUGUCAGAUACUGUAACCCCAAGUCAACAUCUACCAUAUCCCCACGCUCCGUCAAAGAAGGAUAAUGCUAGGCAAUACGCCCGGUUUAUGGACAUAUUUAAACAACUUCAUAUAAAUAUUCCAUUUGCCGAAGCGUUGGAGCAAAUGCCCAAGUAUGCUAAAUUCAUGAAGAACAUGCUCACAAAGAAAAAGAGGUACACAGACAAAGAGACGGUGUUGCUUGAUGCUCGUUGUAGUGUCGUGAUCCAAAGGAAUACUCCAAGAAAGGAAUCCGAUCCGGGACAAGUCACCUUGCCAUUAACUAUUGGAGGUAAUUACACUGGUAAUGGUUUAAUUGAUCUGGGGUCUAGCAUCAAUUUAAUCCCUUUAUCCAUUGUCAAGAGAUUGGGGAAUAUUGUGAUGAAGCCUACUAGGAUGACAUUGCAAUUAGCCGAUAAGACUAUCACUUCACCGUAUGGAGCAGCUCAAGAUAUCCUAGUAAAAGUGGACAAAUUCUUUUUCCCGGUGGAUUUUGUGGUAGUUGACAUGGAGGAAGAUCGUGAGGGGCUCAUGAAAGUAAGGGUGCAAGAUGAAGAGGUAAAGUUUAAUCUUUUCGAAGCCAAGAAGCAUCCUAAGAACAAGAAGGAUAUUUUCCGAAUCGAUGCCACCGAAGGAGAACUCAAAGAUGCUGAAGAUCAAGUUCAUAAAGACAAAACGAAAGCAUCUAAUGAUAGAAACAUCAGCCAUAAAUAA